AUGGCCUCGGAAAAGGGUUCUCUCGCGACCGAAGACACUUCAGUGACGGCGACGGUCCUCCCCAAGCCGGACCAGACCGCGUCUUCCCUCUUCGCCCUCCAGGAACCCCAGCGGAGCAAGUCUCUGAAGAGAACGCGCGAGACCACCCCGACUUCUCCCACCUCCCUUGUCGCUGGCGACCAGCCGAUCAUCACCGGAUCCCCGACCAAGUCGGCACGCCUAGGGCUGCUCAAUCGACGCUCGCCUGUCCCGCCCUUGACCGGCGCUGCCGCCCUCGAAGACCAGCGACGCCAACGCGAAGAAGAGGAGGCCCGCGCGGAUCCGCCUGGCUCGAGCGAGAACCCCAGCCAACGCAUCCUGUCGGCGCUCGCUGGAGACGCCGCAUCCGUCAUGAGCCGGGCGAGCGACGCGCCGCAGGCACCUACGGCGUCCAUGGACGUGCCGCCGCCCAAAGCGCCGCCCAGCGUCUCGAUACCUUUGAUCAACCAUGCCGCCACCGAUACGGCCGAGGCCAGCCCGCAGAGCGCGACGAGCGCUGCCAGCAUAGGAGGCACCUUGGUCACGGCGAGCCCAGGUCCUAUGGAAGUCGACACCACUGCCAACGAGCAGGCGACGCCGGCGCAUCACUCCCACGCCCCGGACGACAAGAACACGCCCGGGUCGCUGUCAUAUCCCGGAUCACUGCACGCCAGCAUGAUGUCGGCACCACCGGCGCGCGGCAUGAGCUUCCCCAUGCCGUCACCCGGGCAAGACUCGCCCGGACAGCCCGGCGGGAAGAAGCACAAGUGCCCGUACUGCGAAACUGAAUUCACGCGUCACCACAACCUGAAGAGCCACCUUCUGACACAUAGCCAAGAGAAGCCUUUCAUCUGCCAGCAAUGCGAUUCCCGCUUCCGUCGCCUGCAUGAUCUCAAGCGCCACAGCAAGCUUCACACGGGCGAGAAGCCUCACAUUUGCCCCAAGUGCAACCGCAAGUUCGCGCGCGGCGAUGCUCUCGCGCGACACAGCAAGGGCGCUGGCGGUUGCGCCGGCAGGCGAUCGAGCAUGGCAUGGGCGGCGACCAAACCCAGAAACACGAGUGUAUCCUCCAUGCCCAUCAGCGGUGCGGGCUCCUCCAUGUACUCGCAGGGCGGAACCAUGACGGAGAGCCCUAAGCCCUUAAGCCCUGGCGCUGCGCACGACGGCACCGGCCUGAGUAGACAGCGAUCGCCGAGUCUCACGCAGCAGUUUCAACAGCAGCAUUUCGGGCGCAGGCAGUCCGACCGUCACACCCCUCCAGGCUUCGCCUCAAACAGCGCGCCAUCAGCCAACGGCCCUCCAGCCCGCGCAUCAGGGAGUUCGCACGGCGGCGCAAGCACGGAGAACGGCGGCAACAUGUUUGCCACUGACCCUGGUGUCUGGACGUAUAUCCAGACACUGGAGGCCCAGGUGAAGCAGCUGUCGGAAAAUGUGGCGGCCAUGCAAAAGGCGGACAGUGCCAAGCAGGCCCAGAUCGGGCUGCUCACGACCGAGAUGACAGCGCUCAAGAAGCAACUCCAGGCUCAAGAAUCCGAGGCGGCGGCCAAACAAGCACAGAUCGGGCUCCUGACAGCAGAAGUGACCGAAUUCCGAAAACAGCUCCAAGGCCGCGAGACAGAGGCCCUCACGCCCAAGGCAUGA